UUAUUGCUUUUAUAGGACAUGCAGUUGUACAUAGGGAUUAUAAGAGAAAAAAGUGGAGAAUCUGAAACUAACUAAUCAAACGCAGCCCACUGUUUAGUAGCAUAUUAGGUGCUGUUGUGCCAGUGCCACGAGCGCAUGUUACUGAUCAGGAGCAACGCAUUGGCUGCACGCGACUGCGUCAUUUCCUGACAGAGGACGGUCUGAGGCGAGGAAGCCGCCAGUCUUUACUCAGUCGCUGUAGUAACACGCCGAGCAGCAGGUCACCUCCACGCUGCGAACGAACGGAUAGUAACAACACGACAAACGAACAAAUGUCGCUUGUUUCUUGAAACACUUCUGGAUGUUGACGUUUUUGUGAACUUGCCGUCGUUUGGAAGUAAAACCUUGACCGGAGCGGGAUAUUACGAACUCCUCGAGACGCUGAGCAGGAGCAUAAAAAUAACUUUUUCCCUUUUCUUUUUCUUCGUCGAGGACAUAGUUGGUUUUUCUAGUUGAAUUUGUCGCGCAACAGUGGACCAAAUACGAGUAGUUUUCAGUCCUGGUGUUGUUUGUUCCACCUUGUAGUGGGGCUGUUGACGGUGAGGCGGACACCAGAGAAGCGGCGGCUCGGCAGCCACCUGACCUCCUGGAAAAUAAGACCGCAGCUAAUGACACGCAGGCUGAGAUCCUUACGUGGCUCAUUACUAAGCUCUCUGGCGGAGCGGGACGACUUUCCUGCGAGGCUGUUGCACGUCCAGUUUUGACGCACCGUUUCACGCAUGAAGUUUGCAGAAUCCAAUUACUGAUAUCUAAAUUAUGGUAAGUGCUAAUUAAUUUGUGUCAACUGUGAAAUUGAAUUAGUGGGACUUAAUUGCCUGUUGAAGUUGGCCCUCUCUUCGCUCUAUCCAGCAAAUUGCAAGUAAUAAGUGGAUCAUCUGUCAGAGCCAGACAGCAUGGAUAUAACCGGAGUGCGCGUCCCCCAGCGGUCGUGAUGCCAAGGGCCGGACUAAACCCGCGCCGCCUACCCGUAAUGCCUGCUCUCUAACCCGCACCAGUGUGGCGCCGUGUCCCGGUCACACCGCUAGGAUGAGCAGCACCGACCUGGAGCGCAUGUCGCUCAGCUCCUCGGCCAACUCGGUGGCCUCCAGCGCGCGGACGCUGUCGGCCAACGUGAGAAAGCUGCACAACGCGCUCAACCUCCUCCUCAACGACUUCGAGAGGGAGCAGUUCAUCCACUGUCUCAACGUCUACCACUCCAAACGCAACGUGUACGACCUGGUGCAGACCCUCAAUGUAAUCCUGAACGCACCCAGCAAGCGGCAACUUCUGCCCAUGCUGCGGCUGGUCAUCCCCCGCUCUGACCAGCUUCUCUUCGAACAGUACACCUCGGAGGGCCUCUACUUAAAAUCGGAUUUAGUUGCAAGCAAUGGCAACGCCGAAACCCCGCCGGGCGACUUCCCCAGCGCCAGCCCGACUCCCCCGGGGCAUUUCUCGCCAAACAACCCGCCCGAGUUUCAAGUGGCGUUACGGGGUUCGCCGGACAGCUUCAGCACCAGCAGCGACGGGACAGCUCCCCUGGUGCCUCUGCUCGGGAGGAACUUUAUCCACGAGCCGCCGGGCGAGCUGCGGCAGGUCACCAUGAAGCGGCACAAGAGCAACGAGGGCCUGGGCUUCAGCAUCCGCGGUGGGUCUGAGCACGGGGUCGGCAUCUACGUGUCCCUGGUGGAGCCGGGGAGCCUGGCGGAGAAAGAGGGUCUUCGGAUCGGUGACCAGAUCAUGAAAGUCAACGACAAAGUCUUCGACAAAGUCACUCACGCCGAAGCAGUGAAGGUGCUGAAGGGCAGUAAAAAGCUUAACCUCUCUGUGCGUUCAGUCGGGCGGAUUCCUGGCGGCUACGUCACCAAUCAUGUUUAUACGUGGGUUGACCCUCAGGGCCGAAGUGUGUCUCCACCUCCAGACCUGCCUGAGCAUCGCAGUGCCACACUGAGAAGAACUGACAGCCAGCGACGCAGCAACAUGCAGCUACUGCAGGAGGGAGACGAGAAGAAGGUCAACUUGGUUUUGGAUGACGGACGGUCUCUCGGACUGAUGAUCCGGGGGGGAGCAGAAUAUGCUUUGGGUAUUUACAUCACUGGUGUGGACCAGGGAUCAGCAGCAGAGUGUGGAGGACUCAAGGUUGGCGACCAGAUCUUGGAGGUGAACGGCCGCAGCUUCCUGAGCAUCCCGCACGAUGAAGCCGUCAGGGUCCUGAAGUCGUCGCGGCACCUGAUGAUGACGGUGAAAGACGUGGGCCGCCUGCCGCAUGCCAGGACGGUGGUGGGUGAGACCAAGUGGAUUGCCAGCUCGCAGAUCGCAGAGAGCUCUGCCAACAGCAGCGUGGCAGGCUUCUCAUUAGACCAAGGAGCUUCUGCACCAGGAAAGCCUGGGUUUUAUAAGGGCGUGGCGGGCUCACAGGUGACCCUGUCCAGCCUGGUGAACCAAUCCCGGGCCAUGCUGGAGGAGCAGGCGCGCCACCUGCUGACGGAGGUGGAGCGGCAGACCAUGGGUUACUACGUGGAGGAGUAUCGGGACGGACACAUCGGCGUGGAGCAGCUGGUCAUGGCGUUGUUUGAGCUGCUCAACACGCAUGCAAAGUUCUCUCUGCUGUCAGAGGUGCGAGGCCUGGUCACCCCGCAGGAUCUGGAGUGUUUUGAUGGGAUGGUACUGCGACGUGAAAUUCAGGCUCUCAAAGCACGGCAGGGCACAGCUGGAGCCACAGCCCUGCAGCCAGAUACCCUGUCUAUGGUGUCGUACCCAGAUACCCUGACCUCAUCUUCGGCCAGUUUCAUGACCAACACCACCCUCAGCUCUGCACGGAACGACGGCGUGGUGGAGAGUAAUGAGGAGGAUCCUCCUGAGAGUCUGAACACGCUGCUGACCGACAUCUCUCUGGAUGAUGUACAGUCCACCACUGCUGAAUCUCCCCCCUCCUUCAAGCCUCCGCCCCCACCAGGGGUGCAGAGGCGCCCGAGUAGACGAGAUCAGCUCAACAAAUGCCCCUCGUCCGAAUCCUCCCACUCAGGCUUGUACUUCACAGCCCCGACUUCCCACAACCAAAGCAAAGAUCCAGGACACGCCCCUGCCUCACCCUCACUACACCACAAACGAGAACAUCCCAGGGACCCGUCUCGGGACUAUGUGGCCAUCAGAAAGAGAGAUCCUUCGGUACCGUCCAAGAAAGAACAAAUAGCAGCUGCUCAGUUGUCUAUGGUCACCCAGCACAACAUCGGCCCUUUUCCCAGGGUCCAGUCCCCAAACCGAGGCACCAAACCCACUCCCCCGUCCCCUUCACCUCCACCUCCACCUCCACUCCCUGCACCUCAUCCACCCCCAUCUCUGCCCCUUAAACCAGUGUCCAUGUCCAAAGCCUCCCCUGCCUCCUCUCCUGGCUCUAAACAACAGUUUGUUACAGUGGAGGUUCACAGGCCCAACGCAGAACCUGAUGUCAAUGAAGUGCGGCCACUGCCGCAAGCUCGAGGUGGUGCCCUGUCUCAGCUGUCAGACAGCGGCCAGACCCUCAGUGAGGACAGUGGCGUGGACAUAGCUGAGUCAGGACACAUCAGCAAAGACAGCAGCCCCCAUUCCUCACGCACACGCCUCCCCCGCGACACCCAGGGAGGUGGGGGGGACAACCCCUCCAAACCGCCGGGUCUGUUGGAGCCCACCUCUACACUAGUGAGGGUGGCAAAGAGUGCCAGCACCCUGGGUAUUGCCAUUGAAGGUGGAGCCAAUACUCGCCAGCCGCUGCCACGAAUCGUCACAAUACAGAGGGGUGGCUCAGCUCAUAACUGCGGCCAGCUGAAGGUGGGUCAGGUGAUCCUGGAGGUGAACGGGGUUUCCCUGAGGGGCCGCGAGCACAGGGACGCUGCACGCCUCAUCGCCGAGGCCUUCAAGACCAAAGAGAGGGACUACGUGGACUUCCUGGUGACCGAGUUCAAUGUGGCGCUAUAGCUGAGAGGAGGAGGAGAGAGGACGAUUACGAGAGCAGCAGCACCAAGUCAAGAGCAGUUCAAGGAGAAGAUAAUGGGGAGAUAUUCAAGCGUCUAUUGAUUUAAAUGGCACAAUUCUUUUAGAGAGACGUAAACAAACCACCACCUGAUCUCUGAGCCCUUCUUCUUUCCCAUUUAACCCCUGAAUCUGGACACAUGAUGCUCAAAUUUAUAAGAUAUUAUUUCCACUGUGGACUUUGUUCAGGAUUCUCCUCAACGUGUUACCUCCCCACUGUGAGACCUUAUGCACUACAAUGGAAAAUAGUGAAACCCAUACCUUUCGUUUGUUCUCUCCGUGUUAAAACUAGUGGAUUUACAACCAUUUGAAAACCACUGGAACUUCUUGUAGCACUCCCACGUCCCAUGGUCAGUUCAUUUUAUUUAUAUUUUGCUUCUAUCUGAGAGACAACUACACAUCUAAGACUGAUUCAAGCUCAUUGCAAGCCUGGAUUUGUAUAUGUAAAAAUGAACAAAUGUAGAUACAGAUGCAUAUAUACUGUACACAUAAAGAUACUCCUAUAUAAAUUAUAAAACCCGUAACCUCUGUUGCAUCAUCAACUGGUAGUAAUAUAUUUCAAAGAUUAUAGUAAUUCAGACAUUCAUGGAGAAACAGAAAUCUACAAAUUUCACAGCGAUGCUACUGGCCCGUCAGCAUAUUACCACCUUUUCACAACAAGGAAGUGACAAACAUAACAAAAUACACAUUACAUGCUCAUAUUUGUACAAUCGGACAAAAAAACCUGUACAUGUGAAUGACUGAAAUUUUCAUUUGGGUAUCCCACAAAUGUACAACAUUUCCUGUUUCCUUUUCCCUUCUCCAUGUGUAUCUGUAUCAUUUGAGACUACAUCCACACUGAGACAGCUAAACUCGACAAUGUCAUUCUUUUUUUCUAUUUCCACUGGCAAAAAAAAUCAGCAUCAUCAUUUUCUAGACAACAGGAGGGCACAGUAAAAAGAGUAGUUUAGCUUGUGGAGGAGUUGGAGGUGGUUAGCCUGUCACCUGCAGCUCUUCAUCUAAACUCCUUCUUCUUACAUUAUUAUUCAUAAUAUGCAUCUUUCUGACUGUUUCAUAGGAAAAGACACCUUGUGUUUUGCUAAUUGAAUACUAUUAUUGUGAAACAGCAGCAGAUAAUAUUCAGUUUGCAUUAGCAGUAACUUAAUGCGGCUCUGAGAAUGUGAAGCCAAUGCAUGAAUGGCGGACCCCGCCACUUACUUAUGUAUUAUGACAAUUUGAAGAAGUAAAUACAUUGAUUGGCUGUUGCCAACCAAAAAUAGAAUCAAAUUCGAUUUGAUGUCAUGAAAAUCAAAGGAAGGUUUAUAACUGUAACACCUCUACUGCAGUCAUGUUUCCAAGUGCACUCUAAAACACAAGGUUGUCAUGUUCAGAUUCAUUCACUCUGGAGAGCAAUUCUGAAACAGUUUUCAUGUGUCACAAACUGGAUAAGAUAGAUAUGUUUCCAGAUUUGGCCAGUUUAUGUGGAGAAACUCCAUCCUCAGUUUUUCACUUAGACCACUCAGCUUUUCUCCUGCUGCUGCCCCUGCUGAAUAGCAAUUGAUGAUUUUAUUUUGUAAUUUCAUAGUUUUAAUUAUAUUCACCCUGGGGGGUUUGCUGAAGCCACGCUCGGUGCAGCAAUUACGCCGAAGAGGGGAGUAAUGAGACAUUUAGAGGACGACACUGCCAAAGAUUUAAGAAACACUCCUCCGCACAUGCUCACACAUAGAACGUGAGUCUGCACAUGCACACAUUUUAUCCAUUUAUAGAAAAGCAAUUAGGAGAUAAGCAAUCAGGUAGAGUGAGAGAUGGAGCGAGAGAGAGGAAGACAGAGAAUGAAAAUGAGAGAGUGACUCAAGUAACAAAUGAGAAGUGAUUGUUGUUGUGCAGAUGAUUUGCUUCAUCUCAGGAAGAGUGCAAGCAUGGAGAGAAUGUACAGCAAAUAUCCUCUGUGUCACUCCAGAGACUCACAUUAGGCUGCAGGUAGAAAUAUGGAGUAAUUGGGGUAAUUAAUCUAAGUGUUCUGUGCAUGGAUGUGGGUUAUGUAUGUGUUUAAUGCGAGUGGCGUGCAUCUGUCUGCAAGUUAAUGGAUGAACAGAGAAAAAAUACCCUCAAAACAAGGAGACAGCAAAUAAAGACAAAUGUAAAUGUCAUCAGUGGAACUGCUGUAUGAGACACACACAAGGAAGUGAAGCGGUAGUCUGGUAGUCUGGGCUUUUUGAAGAAUGCCAACAGGGCAGCUCUGUGAGAAACUGCUAUCAAACACUCCUGAAUCUUUCUGGUGACAACUGAGAGAAGAACAAGCUGUUUUUGCAGCAUAUCCCUGCUGUGUACCUCCAAAAUGUCACCCUCUAAUGAAUAAAAAACAAUGUUAGGGAUGCACUGGUAGGCCUUUUUCAAAGGUCACACCCAUGUCCAGUAUGUCUGUACCCAUAACGUCCAAUUAAGAAUAUAUAUAGAAAUCUAUGAUUUCUUGACAGGCAAAAGGCCACAUUUUGUUCUGUUGCCAUUUUUACAAGUGACAAGUAAGAAGAGAAAAAAACUUUUUGAAGCUGUUAUUUUUGUCUGUAUUAUGUUGUUCAUUCAGUCUUUGAUUCAUUUGACUCGUCUUUCUUUCAAACUGAUGAAUAUUUUCCCUCCUUUUACCUCGGCUUUGGUCUCCACCAGCUUGUGUGAAACAUAUCUGUCUCUUUAGCUGCUAGAUGUUCUACUUUUUUUUACCAACUAGUUACAACGUGAACAUUUUUACUUGUCUGUUGUUUGGUGCCAGGCAGUUAGUGUACAGUGAGUUUAUCAUAGCUUGUUUACUGAAAACAGCUGCCUGCUGCUGCUGGCAAUGGGAUUGAUGAGAGGGCUGAGAGUAACUGUCUGUUCAGACAGAAUGCAAAACAAAAAUUCAACAUUCCAAGUUGAAAACAAAAACUUUGUGUGUAUCCCAAGGGUCUAUGAAACUGCUUCAUAAACAUACAAAGACAAAAGGAAAAAGGAGAGAGACUGGGGGGAAUAUCAGAAAUAGCCAGAGUUUCUGGUGAGUUCUCAGAUCAGUCAGAAGCUGAACUGAACACAAACACACAGAGGCACACUGCCACUCACAUGGUUGGUGUGUCCGGUGCUAGCUAACUUACAGCCAAUAUACUGUACAUUUGGUACACUGGCUGUUUAGGGCGAAUAAUGUGAGGCAAAAAUUCACUUCGCUUUCUGCCUAAACAAACCUCAAAACCAAAAGCUGAAAGAACCUAGAAAUUUCAGUGCAUCCCUAACAAACAUCCUGUCUAACUGUAGACAACCAUGUAAUUCCCAAGCAGGUUUAAGGUGGUGGGGUUUGUACACCUCACUCUCUGGCAUUCAGACUUGUCAGAAAAUGAAAAAGUUUGAGCACAGGAUCAGGAAAGGUGAACUUUCACCACAGAAAAAAAAGUAUUUUAAGGUGGCUGCAGAGUUUCAUAAAUUUCCUCCUGCCUCACAGAACGAGGAGGUGGGAGACAGUCGCCAUAAAAGCAGUGACUUGAUAAAACUGAAAAAGUGAAGCAAGAUAAGAUAAAUGGACCUGAACCUGUAAAUCAAAACAAAAUUGUAACAGAUAAGGUUUUAACAGCAACACUGUGAAUCCUGCUGCAGGAUUUAUAGAACAUUUUUGUGGGUGACAUCCAUUAAUGAGUGAAAAGGCUGAUGAAUACACCGUCAGCUUCUGUAUUAAACUCCAGCAGCCGCUUAUAAUGAAGGGAAACAUGGAAAAGCUCAUUUAUAUAUGCAAAUAGUUUCCAUCUCUAAGUUUUCUGAGGCUUUUGAGUGCAUCUAUUAAUAUGAUUAAGAUAAAUGUUAAUUGUAUGCACAGUCAGGACACAGUACAAACAAUCUCUGGAAGAGAAUGUACUCUCUUCAGCCAUUAACAAACUUAAAAUUCAGGAUGCAUCUACAGUAUGUGUGUGUGUACAUGGAGUGUGUUGUUGAGAGACAGAAUGAGAUGGAUAGAAAGACAGAGAGAGAGACAGAGAAAGACACUGAGGCAGAUGAAGCUGGAGUGCGUCCUCUCACUGGAAUUACUCUGUUAAACAAUCUAAUCUGGAAAGAAUCACAGGCUUUUGUUCUCUGAAUCCAGCAUUUAUGCAUCGCACAUUACACCUCCCUUCAGAGAGAGGAGACGAGACAAGGAAAGAGGAGAGGAGAAGAAUGUCACCGUCGCACACUGCGGCGGCCAACCUUGUGAUGGUAAAUCUGUCCAGUGAAAACGUAUUGUAUGGUUGUGGUUUUUUACCUUUAAAUGUUAAGGAUGAUGUUAACAAAUAUACAGUGACUGGCUGUGUGAAGGCUCAGUCAUUUCCUAAAACAGCUGGGAGCUGUAGUUUUUAGCAAACUUUAUUCAAACCGGAGCAAAUAGUGCAUUUAUCAGGGGACUAUAUUCUGGGGAAUAUUUACAACUUGUUGAGGGAUGUCCAGUGUUUUGCGUGAGACAGUGACUAUAAAAAUUGGGAGAACUAUGAUUUAUUAUCUCAUCAAAGAGUAAGGGCUAGGCUAGCUUAAGGUUCGAUACCAAGCCCUUAUAAAUCUCAAAAUUUAAAUAUGUUUAAUGAAAAGUUGAGAUGAUUUCCCCAGAACUGCUGCAGUAAUGGAGAGCGAGUACAGUUGCGGUAUUCUUACCCGUUUUAUCAUUAUGUUUAUUUAUUGAUGUCACAUAGUGACCUGUGAAUCAAUUAAUUCAUUCCAAUCCAUGUCCAUCAAUGCCAAAGUUCCCUUAAGUAAGACUGAACUUCUCCCUGCUUCUGGCUCCCUGCUCAGGUGAAAUGUAGAUAAAUGCAAACAUGUCUCAGAAGAAGUCAAAUGUGAAAACUGAUGAACGAAGCUCUUCAGGAAACGUCACAUUAUUAUAUUAACCCUGCAUUUAUUGAUUUUAGACACAUAAACAUAUUUUAACUGCAGAAUCCUCAUUGAAAACUUUUCGUGACUUCACUCCCUAAUGACCCCGUCUUAUAGACAUGUGUCGAUAGCGGCUCGGCCCUCUCUUUGACCUGAUAUUAAAGGGCCGUCCAGGAGGGAGGGAUGAUGGAGGGAAGCGAUAGAAGCUGCUGACAGUCUCAUUAAUCAGACGCCAUGACAGGGAGGUGUUGGCCUUGGCUCCAACAUGAGACACGACAGCUCAGACAUUGACUUGUUGCUCAUGCUGCAACAGGGCACGAUACCAACAAAAACAACUGCUUUCCUGCAAAGGUCAGGCUCAAACCAGCCAACACCACCUGUUGACUCUAUUAAUAAUGUUUUUCUGUUUCACUGAGUGUGCCUCCUGCUUUAUUAGCUGCACAAGUUCAUUUGGUUAGUGUUCAUUCUCCUGCCCUGCAACGCUCUUCAGCUGCCUCCUUUUGCUCUUGUUUGCCUGUCAGUCAGUCCAUCCAUCAUUUUUGCCUGCUUCCUGCACAUUUUAAUGAGGAGUGUUGUACAAUGACAUGCUGUUUAUACAGAAAGUGUGUUUAAUUUUUCAAUAAAGAUAACUGCAC